GCUUCUGCUCCGGGCACGCAUGGCGCCCGCACACGGAGUCUGACCUGAUGUAGACGCAAGGGGGUUAAUAUGAACGUCCCUCUCGGUGGAAUCUGGCUCUGGCUCCCUCUGCUCUUGACCUGGCUCACCCCUGAGGUCAGCUCUUCAUGGUGGUACAUGAGAGCGACAGGUGGCUCCUCCAGGGUGAUGUGUGACAAUGUGCCAGGUCUGGUGAGCCGCCAGCGUCAGCUGUGCCACCGACACCCAGACGUGAUGCGUGCCAUUGGCCUGGGCGUGGCUGAGUGGACAGCAGAGUGCCAGCAUCAGUUCCGCCAGCAUCGCUGGAACUGCAACACCCUGGACAGAGACCACAGCCUCUUUGGCCGGGUCCUCCUCCGAAGUAGCCGGGAAUCGGCCUUUGUUUACGCCAUCUCCUCAGCUGGCGUUGUAUUUGCCAUCACCAGGGCCUGUAGCCAAGGAGAAUUAAAGUCCUGUUCCUGCGAUCCAAAGAAGAAAGGGAGUGGCAAGGACAGCAAAGGUACCUUCGACUGGGGCGGCUGUAGUGACAACAUUGACUACGGGAUCAAAUUCGCCCGUGCAUUUGUAGAUGCCAAGGAAAGGAAAGGAAAGGAUGCCAGAGCCCUGAUGAAUCUUCACAACAACAGAGCUGGAAGGAAGGCUGUAAAGCGCUUCCUGAAACAAGAAUGCAAGUGUCAUGGCGUGAGCGGUUCCUGUACUCUGAGGACAUGCUGGCUGGCCAUGGCUGACUUCAGGAAAACAGGCGACUAUCUCUGGAGGAAGUACAACGGGGCCAUCCAGGUGGUCAUGAACCAGGACGGCACUGGCUUCACUGUAGCCAAUAAGAGGUUUAAGAAGCCAACGAAAAAUGACCUUGUGUAUUUUGAGAAUUCUCCAGACUACUGUAUCAGGGACCGAGAGGCAGGCUCCCUGGGUACAGCAGGCCGUGUGUGCAACUUGACUUCCCGAGGCAUGGACAGCUGCGAAGUUAUGUGUUGUGGGAGAGGCUAUGACACAUCCCAUGUCACCCGGAUGACCAAGUGUGAGUGUAAAUUCCACUGGUGCUGUGCCGUGCGCUGUCAGGACUGCCUGGAAGCCCUGGACGUGCACACAUGCAAGGCCCCCAAGAGUGCCGACUGGACAACUCCUACAUGACCUCAGCAGAGGUCAUAUUCUCCCUUCCUUCCCUCAAGGACUCCAAUUACAUCUGCAAGGACACUGGACCUCUGGGUUGUUUUCAGGGGGCUGUUUCUUGAGGCAUGUAGCCUUCAUCUCAACAGAACCCCCUUUUCCCUCUCUGGGGGCCCCAGGACUGGGGAACACAUACUGCACAUAAGUAUCCCCUACUCUGUCUGUCUUGGGCAUUCUGAGGUAACCUCUUUUCCUGCUGAUUUCUUUUUGGAAAUGGCAUGACAGGCUGUUAGAGGAGGAGGGCCAUGGCCCUCACCACUGUCACCUAGACAUUUCCUCUUUCCUCUUUGACUAAGGGAAGAAACAAUAUCACAUAACAAAGGAGCUUUCUCCGCGUCUUCCCACCAAGUCUAACAGUUCAGAGUUCAUGCUUCCCUCUGGGGGUCAGGGUAGGUAUGGGAAGUAGAAUCAACUGACACCAAAAUUUCCUCAUAUUUUUUUAAAAAGACGAAGCAAGGGCUUUAACUAAGUGAUCGCUGUUGCUACCAUCCUUGGUGAUUGCCUAGAGAAGGAUGGCUUCAAUAAACAUCAGUUAAAACAUGUAUGUUUUCAAAGAAUUUAUUGGAUAUCAAGCCCAGAUAUAAUAGGGUGAGAAUGUUUGUCCUUUUAGCCACUUUUUUUUAACUUUCCUGUCAGCCAACACCUCAAAAAGUGAUUGUUGUUCUUCAGUGUCCCAUCAAUGUAAGCACUGUUAAGAGACCAGACUUCUCAGUGUGCUCUGGAGAGAAUCUGAAGGGGGGUGGAUGAUCUAGCAGAAUUAUUUAACUACUGGGUAAAUAAUAGUCAUAGUAACUUUGUGAGUGGAAUAUCAGCAAUGUGCUUGUAUGGCAAGAAAAAAAGAAAGAAAAAAAUGAGAAAAGAAAGCAGUAAAAUCACAGUGGAAUUUUUGACUAAGACUACUUUGUGCAUGCCCACUUUGAAAACCAGUGUAGUGCUGAUAGAAAGGUCUUCAGAGCCUAGGGCCCACUCUCCCAUACUCAGAUGCCCAUGAGAGCUAUCAUAUGUUGAGGAACAUUGGCUAGGAUUCACCAGCCUUAAGGCCUGACACUCCUGGGUUUGUUUAAUGCUUACAGGAUGUGAUAGUGCAGCCUGGAGAAAAACAGCACAUCACUUCACCUUUAAAGUUGGUAACACUACUGUGUCACAUCGCAAGCAGUCUGUAACUUGGAGACCAUAUUUCAAUACUACAGCUGUAGUUACGGAAAUAUCAAUGUGGUAAUAGGGAUUGACUUCUGGCAGGAGAGGACAUUCAGAGAAAAUGGAGCGGGGCCCCAAUUUGUGUUUUUAAUGUUGGAUGGAAGAAAGUGAAGUUGAUAAGUCUACUUCUCUUCGUGCUGUAUAAUAUGGCUCUUCUGCAUAUAGUUUCUUCUUAGAGCUGUAUUAACUAACAGAUGUCUCGCGAUAUACAGCCAGCAUCAACUGGUGUUUUCUUCACUCUGGCCUUCAUUUUACAAUCCUUGUCCAAAUCCCUCAGCCUGAAGCUCAUGGAAAGCAAAUAGCUGGAGUUCUUGUCAGAGCUAGUGUUAAUUAGCCUCUUACCCUUCUUGAAAUGACUGAGCUCCUUCUCUCCUUCCUCUCUUCCCUCCCCUUCUAGUGAUAGGGGUCAAACCAGGGUCUUGUCCUUGCCAGAUGAGUGCCUCCUCCCCUGAGCCACAUCUACAUCUGUUCUCUUUGCAUAUCAUGAAUUCAGUAAACAGGAACGAUGAGCAGGGAAGUGGCAACUCAGGGUUAGCAUGGGGAAGACCUGGCUGGGUCACAGCUCCCAGUGUCCUGGAUACUGGGGAAGCUUUCAUGAGGGUCCCAAAACCACCAUCACUUCUUGCUACUAAACGAAUGGGGAAAUCUUAAACCCAUGGAUAUCUUUAGGGUGGGGAAGAUUUCUACAGGAUAGCAGCGCCUUUCAGUUCAGACAAACCAAACUCAAGAGACCUGAAGGAAUUCCUACAAACAUCAACUGGAACCCCAGUGUCCACAUAAGUAGGACCACACUAGGACUUGAAAAAGGUUACUUUGUCCAUUCAAAAGAACGAGUUUCCCUCAUAUGAACUGAGGAAUUUUAGCCUCCAGUGGAUAUUUAUCUUUUUUAUUAUUAUUAUUAUUGCUGAGAUGUUAAAUUCCUGAAUUUCUUUUUAUGCUGAGAUAUGUCCCCCUGAUAGGCAUCAAGGAAGCAAGACCUAUCCACAUGAAGCCCGUAGACAUUGUUCUAGCUUAUGAGGACAUGGUACUCCAAGUGCCUGAAAAGGCCAGUGGAUCUUCACUGGGGGAUUUGGGUGGGAGCAGAAGAAGCAAAUGAAAUGUUCUCAUCUGUUUCUAUUUCCAAAAGGAGGACAUUUAUAUUUGAAAAGAAUGAAAACAGGUAACUUCGAACUUAUUUUCUUUAGGGCUCAGUAGAAGAUUGCUAUUCUGGAAGUCUGAAAUACACUAAGUCCUUGAUUAUUUUGGAUUGUUAAGGAAAGUCUAUCACACUUUAUUAUCAAAACAAAAUAAGGAGGAAGACCAUCAGGUCAGCCCCCCACCAAGUAAAAGUUUUAAUAUAAAUUAGUUCCUUAGGCCUUGGUUAACUUAAUUCAUUCACUGCACUAUCUGAAUAUAUUUCAGUACAUCUUGACUAGUUUACUAGGGUUUCUAUGAAAUAAUCAUAACAUAACCCUAAGACCUAGCCUAUGGAUAGCUUUUUUUUUCAACAGAUUUUUUAACUAAACUUGUUUGUAUUACUAACGUGACACUUGCUCUGUGAAAUAACUUUCCAAUAAUAGUACCCUCCCACAACCCCUUCUACUCUGAAAUCAAUGUCUUAUCUCAAGAGUUCAGUACUCUCAAGUGUCUUUAGCCCGAGCAGGAAAGGACCAGAACCAUAAGCAUGCUUAGUUCCCAGUGUGCUCCUUCACUGCCUGACAGAUUUCUGAGGGCAGAGGGAGAGAGGGGCAUAGGGCUCUGUAGAACAUUUCCUAUAGGAUGUCACCAUGUUGAAACAGACACCUGUGAGGUAAAGCUAUUCCAUUUGAGUGAUCGUGAGGAACCAGGUAUGAAGAAAAAUACCUGCCAGCUUUGGCCAGCUUUGGCCAGCUUUGGCCAAAUGGCUGGUCAAGCUCUGUAAUCAUGGGCUGUGGCAUUUUCCAUUCUUGUUGGUCAUGCCCGCUCUAUCCGCUGUUGUUGCUUCCUUCCCACCAAGCACCUUCUUCCUGAAAUCCAAGGGUCCUGGCCAGAACUCAAGUUCCUUACCCACUGGAUAGCUCUUUGUACUUGAAAUUGUCAACAUUCAUUGCAAGAUGAUUUUUAAAUUCUAUAUUCUUUCAUCUUAGAAUUAUUGCUAUUAAAACACAACAAACUCAAGUGCUGGGUUGUUUUUUCAAAGACGAUAUCUUUAAAGUCGGAAUCCUGAGCUUCCCAGUGACUAUCCUAGACACAGUAAUUUGGAGAAGAUCCUCGCCAUCUGUGGUAGAGCUACAGCAGACUAUCUGACAGUUCGUGACUGUGCUUGAACACCACUGGACCAUAUUCUUGGCUUUUAGAGGUUGGCCUGGGACUUGUGUCUCACACACUUGAAAUACCAUUCACCCCUUUCUUGCAACACAUACCUCUUGCAUGACUUCAAAAUUAAAGCUCAGAGUAGUGUCCAGUGCACCAGAACCCUCUUUUGUGACUAGUUUCUGUAUUUCGAUCUAGGCUUCCUUAUCUUAAGAGCAACAAUUGUACUCAAUAAACAGACCUCGAUAAUCCUAAAACUGGUACAUAACCUGACAGGCAUGGGUUAAACUUCUGGAAAGAAAUGCUUGGCUGUGAGCUGACAGGUGAAGCAAGGUGACUUUACCCUUCUCCUCCAGAAGCACAGACAAGUUUCACUCACCCCUGAGGAUGGACUUUACAUAUUUCUGGGGAUCAACAAAGUGACAAGUAGUUUGCAAAAUCCAACAUGAUCAUUAUUUUUCUAAACUAUAGUUAUUCCAGCCCUGGCCAUUUCAUUUUGUUUUUCCUUUCUCCCCAGUAUUCCCAUAGAUUCCUAUUUGGUUAUUUAACCAAACCUCCCACUUCCAUAAGCUAGUAAAAGUGUCACGUAGGUUGUAAUAAAGAACUAUUGUUAUUUACAAGUCAGCAUUUUCUGUGAAAUCAAAACAUAAUAAAGUGAAAUUUUGGUGUUAACUUUGUUAUUUUAGACUCUUGGUAGUCUUGCCAAAACUCUGCUAAGAAAUAUCUCUAUGUUGUGUGAACUAUUCCCUCACCUUUUCUCAAGAGCAGCCUUCCAACAACCCGAUCAAGAGACAUCUUUCAUGCUUAUAGAGAGUACCAGAGAAAACAACUGACUUACUUAACUGAUGACUGUGCACUUGAGGGAAUAGAGAAGAGUUACAUUUUGUUCUCUUUCACUAUGGCUGUAAUGCAGUGGUUGGCGCCUCUGGGUGCUAGCAUGCUCUAGAUAACCCUAGUUAUAAAUACAAUGUCUCUUUGUACACUCUAAUGCAUUCUCAUCAACCUCCCUGAAUUAUUGCUUUUCCUGUAGACUGAAAUGUCAUUUUCUCAGCUUGCAUAGAAAGAUGAGAUCACAUGACCUUCCAUUUCAAUUUGCACCUGCAGAAUGCGUGGGCUAGUCAUUUCAAGCAGUAAAAGUUCAUUGAAUGGGCACAAACUCUCCCCUAGAAAAGGCCAUCCAUUCCAAGGGUGACAGAAUUUGGCAAGGCUAGCCCUAAACUUUAAGCAUCUCAAAAAAAUCCCAUACUAGAGAUGCUCACUGGCCUUCUAGGAUUACAUUGUCUCUUACAGAAGUUUCUGCAACUACUUAGAUUAUCUGAAAUGGAGGUGAUUUGCAUAAGGGCAUUUCAACAAAGUAUUUUAAGCCAGAAAUCACCAAUAGAAUGUCCCUAUUCUUAACCCUUUGUGUAAGGGAGCUGACAUAAAAAGAGGUAGGAUCUUCACAAAAUAGUCUGGUUUAUAACUAGUAGAUGGCAGAAGCAAGUUCUUUGUCUUCUAAUUGUGACAACCAAAUACAUUCAGGCACCAUCAAAAUGUCCCCUGGUGGAAGAGGAAGGGAUGAGGUGAUAUAAAGGGUCCUUAGUCAAGUGCCAGUGGUCUAACAUUUUAAACCAGGCUUCUUGAAAUUUCAGUUAGGAGUGCUUUUCUCCCUCUGCCCCUAAGAUCCUCAACAUUGGUGACCUAGACAGGCUCGGAAAGAAUCCUUGUGAAAAGGGCAGUCAAACAGCCUUCAGCCCAUCACCGCAUUCAGAAAAGGGGCCAAGUAUUAAAGCUCACCCAGGCCUAUGCUACACCUUUCCCAGGGCUCUGGAAAAUCAUGAAGCUUCUUGGUUUUAGAGGCACGAUGCAUAAUUCUUAGGAUUUCCUCAAUUUUAUAAUGCUUAAUCAAUUUGUUCCUUGGGGUUUUUUGUUGUUCUUGUCCGUUCUUUGUUUUUAAUAACAAUAACAACAAUCUACAAGAUGUGUUUUGGAAGGCAGGGGAGUAAAAGCAUUAGAACUCAGCAUCAGCUGGGUGAGUCAUUCUGAGUUCCUCUGUGCAACCAUAGGGGAGCCUAAGAACAAACUGCAAAAUAAUAAUGGUCUGAAUUUCAAAUAACGAAAAGCUAAGUUUUAAGUCAAUGCCAGUUUUUCUACUGCAGUAGAGGCAGGGAGUUCGGUGCACAAGGGGAGUAGUUAAUCAGUGUUAAAGCACUAAUAUUGGUUACUUCAUCCUAAUUGUGACCAAAAUGCCUAGCACAAAUAACUCAGAGGAAGAUAGUUUAUUGUAAGCUUAUGGCUUGAGAACACUGAAUCCAUGGUGACUUGGCUUCAGAAGUUGGUUGGAAUGUGGAAGUGUGAGCAUGUGACCUAGGAAGCUGUUGAUUACCUAGCAGCCAGGAAGCAGAGGGAAAAGGUCAUAGAAAGGGGCCAGGACAAAAUACAGUCCCAAGAUGCACACCCAGGAAUAGACUCACUCCAAUGAGGCUGCUCUUACCCUUUACCACCUUCUUCUAAUGAUUCCAGGACAUUAUGAUUCCAUCAAGGGUUUUAACAUUAACUAGGUAAGAAUCCUUGUGACCCAAUUCCCUCUGGAAACACUACCACAGAGAUUUCUAGCAAUAGGCUUUACACUUGACCUGAUAUUUUUGAUUCAAUUAAGUUGACAAUCAAAAUUAAACCAUUAUUGCACUUUAAA